GCACCCUCUCGCUCUCGUCGCAGACUCGAGCGCCGGAGUUUCUGGACCCGGCGGUGACGGAGGUACGACCGGCACGCGGGCCGGAGUCGAGCGGCAGACGCCACGACGCGCGCACGCCUUUGCGACCACGACUCGCGCGCGGCGCAGCUGCUGCCUGCCGCGGCACCGGUCAUAUACAAGCGGCGUGAGUACCGCUACUGCGGCCGCCAGCAGCGAACAAGCCACGCGCACACAGUUGGCCUGUCGUCGGCAAAACACGACGCAGGCCGCGAAGUUCAAGACCUGUCUUUCCGCUGCAACGCAUCGUCGCUGACGGACAGGCAGCGGCGUCGAUCUCACGGCUGCUUUUGAUGUCACCGGUUCGAGGCGCGGGAGCUGCGUGAACUGCCAGUCAUGAGGUGGCAAAGCCUCGGACGAAAGGAACCGAAUUCCUGGUGGCUUCCCCUGUGUUCUUCCUGCCUUGCAGUGCAGCUGCUCUUCGGGGUACUGCCCGCGGUUCGAGCGGUGGAGGCUGGCGGCAACACCGGAGGCCCAGGCAGCAGCAGCGAGGUGUACCUGAGCAGCGUGGAGCGCGAGAGUGACUCACCCGCGACGAGCUUCUCGCCCGCGACGUCGGCCGAGACGCCAGGAGGAGACGACCCCGUGGUGCCCACCCCGCGGCUCGCCUUCCUCGACAAGAUGCUCGAGCAGUACGACAAGCGCGCGUGGCCCACCUACGGAAUGGGGCAUCCAACGUACGUCAAAGUGAACAUAUACGUGAACAGCAUAGGCCCUGUCAACGCAAACAAUAUGGAGUACGGCAUGGACAUCUACCUGCGCCAGUCAUGGCAGGACCUUCGGCUCAACGUGACCAAGUACGGUGUGACCACGCCAGUGACCAUUAACGGCGAGGACAUCAUGAGCAAGAUCUGGAAGCCCGACCUGUUCUUCCGUAACGUGAAGGAGGCCAGCUUCCACUACGUGACCGUGCCAAACAAGCUGGUCAAGCUGGGGCCCGACGGAGAGGUGCUGUUCAGCAUGCGGCUCACGCUGCGCCUCGCCUGCUUCAUGUCCUUCAAGCACUUUCCCCUGGACACGCAGAAGUGCCACAUUCUGCUUGGACCCUACGCCCAAACCAUAGAACAAACAGCCAUUUCGUGGCAAGACACGGACCCCAUUGUGCUUGAACGCCCCAUCGAAAUUCCCGAGUUCGACCUGGUCCACAACUCUUACGGACAUUACAACCGGGCGAUCGACACAGGCGUGUUCAGUUUCCUGAACGCGACGUUCAUCCUGGAGCGACAGAACGGCUACCACCUGAUACAGACGUACCUGCCCACUUUCCUGAUCGUCAUGAUCUCCUGGGUCUCCUUCUGGCUCAACGUGGACGCCACGCCCGCGCGAGUCACCCUCGGAGUCACCACGCUGCUCACCAUGACCACCGUCGCGUCCGGUGUGCGCACCCAGCUCCCGCCCGUGUCAUACAUCAAAGCCAUCGACGUGUGGAUAGGCGCCUGCUCCGUCAUGGUCUUCGGAGCCCUCCUAGAGUUCACGCUAGUCAAUUACCUGUCCCGAAGCAAACUACGACCCGAGGAGUUUCGCAAGUCCAUCAACAUCUUCAACCGUAACCGGAAAAGCGGUGAAAAGCAAGACGGCGAGGAAGGCGUCAACAAGUACGAGACACGCGGGCACAUGGAACUUCAGAAGAACCUCAAGAGGUCCCAGAACGUCGACAAAGUGUGUCGCAUCAUGUUUCCCUUCGUGUUCUUCGUCUUCAACCUCAUCUACUGGUUCUACUACCUCUACCAGAGCGAGUUCACUUGAGACGGAAAGCUGACUUCUUACCGGAGUUACAGGACUUUUUGAAGAAGGUCAACGCGGUCCGCGGGAGAGCAUGGUCUGUGCCGACUGAAAAAAAAAAAAAAAAAGAUGGAACAAGGGACACUUCGGUGUUUUUGCACUACGGAAACUUUUUACGCUAGCCUUGUGCUAUAUGUCGAUCGCUGAGGUUAAAGACGCCGGCUCCGACAGUAUGUGCUGGACGGAAUUCGGAGACACAUCUAAAUAUUGGAGCUCAUAAACAGAAGUUUCGGCUGUUUAUGUGAGUUGCGGUGCAAUGUGUGCGUGCUAGCCAACGUCGAUAGCUUUGCCGAGUUCCCAUCUCUACUAAUUCUUUAGGUAUAAUUGCGGUUGCACACCCACUGCUUGAGAGACACAACGCGAGAUGAAGACACAAAACAGGACGUCUGUGUAUUUCCGUGUGGAGCAAAGGUGCCUACUGUUUGUGUUUUCUUCGCACCGCAGUGUGUCUCAAGCAGUGCGUACGAAACAUUGAUUGCGUCGACAGCAUGUCUUUUGAUUUCUAAAGCAGCUGCUGGCUAGUAAAGAUUCCAUUUAAUUUAUUGGAGGAGCCCUUGUGGGCGUCGUUCGUGUUUACCUAUCUAACAUCGUGCAGAAGUGUUUAAACUUUCGUUUCGUUAGUUAAGCCUUUUAAUGGUGGGGAUGAACUCGCAACAGCUGAAGACUUUGACUUUGGGCUUUUCUUUUGUUGUUGUUAAGCAUAUUGGCUUGCCAGCGUGUGAUCGUUAAAUGCACCAAGAUUGGGGCUUUUUGCAUACUGUGUUUUGACGAAUGUUUUUUUUUUUCAAUUAUUAUUGACUGUUAUGUUUUACUGACAGAGAAGCAGAGCUGGCGAUGGUACUUGGCCCUCCUUUUGCUUUUUUGUCCUUUUCGCCGAAACAAAGACUCUGCACAGUGUAUUGCAUUGAUUAGGCAGGUUUGCACUUCGCAGUUGCAUCAUAAACCCAGGCGCUGGACCGAAUUAAUGUCACAACCGCGAUAUUUUUGAACAACCACAUUGAGUCGCCAAGGAAGUGCUAUUGCUAGCAUGUUUUUUUUUUUUUUUUAGUUGCUUAGUUGGUCACUCGGAUAUAUGUGUGAGAGAGAAACAACUCUAACCAAUGGUUCUGUGCUGCUUGACUGACCUUACGGAAGCGUUUUCAGCAAGGCCAUGCUUGUGCAAUUAAAAAGCCCCGAAAAUUAGAUGCGCCCUUUAAAGGGGUCCUCAAACACUUUAUUCCCGCUUCGUCAAUUUCAGUCCUUCGUAAACACUAAUUUACUUCGUGGCGGAAGGCUUCUUUCUUUAUUGUACCGAAAGUUGAAAACCUUAAAGGCAUAGUACAGCGUGUUCUGUACAACGUCAACGAAAGAGGACAAAUUCACACAAAAUUUAUCUGCGGAAUAAUUUUUGCAUAAGACUGGACUGCAGCAAGCAUGCGAAGUGCUAAUACUUAUAGGCGACUCGUUUGUCCUCCAGUCACAAAAGAGAGUGCCACAUAAAUCUAGAGUGUUUUUUUAACACUAAUCGGUCACGAUACCACAGCUGUAACGUGGUGCGUAAGUUUAUGCAACCAUGCCUCAAGCGCACGGGACACACACAGCAGGGCACAACCACAUAGUAUUACAAACGGUGGCUUCGCGUUCUUGCGAUAUAAAGCGAAACACUUACACUCAUGCAAGAAGCUGUUCGCUGCAAAUUCGCAAUUGGCCCAGUCAACAAAGAUUCAAGGAAAUAGAUGACACAGAGUACAACGCAUUUCUCUGGAACGGUUCGCGUGUAGUCUCUGAGAGAUUGCAAAUUCUUAACCGAAGCCCUUGCGUUUGACGCCAUAGUUACCCUCACGCCACUCGUUACGAAUGGGUUUGUUACGUGCGUGGUCAUGGUCCAAAAUUUCAUCUGGAGUCAAGCUCAGAACCUAUCCUUUUUUUUUCUUUAAGCGCAGAGAAGUUACCGUCAAGACGCUGCUUGCAGUUACCGUCAAGUGCUGCAUCGGUAUGUGCCUGCAUCACUAGAGAUAUAUGCCACGGAGGGGUGAGCUCGGAGGCAAACAAGUGUCAACAAUAAGUGGCUGAGGACCUCUGUAGGUUGAGAACAGGCUCGAAGUUGCGUACAACUUCGUGUUAUAGGCAGUAGCGAAGGCGAAUGACCAAACCACGAGGCACCUGGUGGGACCAAACUUGCCUCUAUGCCUGGCGCUGAGAGCCACGAUGAAACCUUUACGAGCGUGAUCUGCAUUUGCUGUAUCCUUCCCACGCAUUGUUGUUUCUCCAGUUAAGCGGUAUGUCGUGUUGUCUAGUCAAAUGAGCGUGUCCGAUGGAGUGCUGCGCGUUCUUUUUCAUGUGUACUGCUGAUUUUCCGUAGACAGCUGUGUGAGUUCCUCGUGAAACCAAGCAGGGUAUCUGGCCGUGCUGUCGAUUUCUUCAUGAAGGCAACCGGCAGGUCGAUCGCGCUGUUAUCCGCGCCUGGCGAACGAUAGUUGUUUUGUGCCCCAGUUCAUCGUCUAUCCUGUGUAUAUUCAUCAAAUGCUUAAGCAUAGUCAAGAAGGACGUGUGUAGUAUUGAAAGAGCCGAUUUCUUCAUUGUAUGCAUGUCCUCUCUGCAGCGAGAAUCUUGUGCGUUAGCACGAGUGCAGCAUCAUGACUAAGUGUUUUUUUUACGUUUCACCAGGCAACAGAUGCCGCGAACCAAACAAAGGAUGGCUUUUAUCGUCUAAUCAGAGCUGUAAAUUAGAAAUAGGCAUGGUUAACGGGAAUGCCAGAUAGCGCGUUGACUGGCCCCUGUUUGCGCUCCUAGCAUAGCCAAGUUAUACUGUUCGCAAUUGAUCCUAGAGGUAUUCCUCGAUUUUUGAGAGAGAAGUUCAACAUCAGAUCCAAAUGUACACUAAGCCAAUAGUCAUACUGGCGUAGGAAAGUAAUUGUGUUAAGGCCCUUUAAGAAACCAAGAGCUUAGUAGGAACACAAGGCCGGCAAAACAGCAUUAUGUGUUGCAGAGUGUGCCGUUGUGAUACAUUAACAUGUUGUUAUUGUCGAGUUACACAUGCACUCACGAGUGAUGCCGAGGAUUUGAAUUUCGUUGUGAUAAGCCUCGUCAUGAGAUAUCAACAGCUCUGAAGCUCAGUAGUACCUAAAUACGAACGCUCUAGAGACCUGGUCUUCAGACUGCGCUUAAUUCGUAUGCAGAGUGAAAUGCUAUUGCGCUGGUGCAGUCAUAACGAGCAAGCUUCCUAUAAUUAAGAUAGCUUAUUUCAACCGCACCAAGAUCACCUGCUUCCGAUUACUCCUGUGAAAGUAAAAGCGUAUACUUUGUUCGAAGAAACGUUCACACCGUGCUGACCAUAAAGCAAUGCGAAGUAAUUCCCCGCAAGUAGCCCUCAAGCUCACAGCACAGACGAAAUCAUUUUUGCCUGUUUGUCUCUGCAUGGAGCGCAUAAUUAGCCGCACGGCGGACUAGCCCAGGACGUGGUUGAACUGUAAGUUUGCACGUUAGAACUCCUUAUCUCGUCCUUAUGUGCACAUAGCUGGUCUCUCGUAGUCGGGAGACCCGCUCGUAGACAUGGUGGCACGGCGAUGUCUCGACGGUAUUCCCAUGUGCUAGGCUUAAGCUCGAAGGUGAACAAGGUUGUGCAAUGUAACUGAUGCGAUCUCUUCACUCUCUGCAGCCGCAGUUGUAUCAUGAGAAUUCUAUAUAUUGACGUUCUACAUAUGGUGUGUAUAUGAAUAGUUCGCCUUUUCGAACUACAAACACUGAAUAAUUUUACUCGCUGUGAAUCAUGAAAAGAGUUGGAAUAAUCGAUCACCACGAAUAUAAAACACGUCUGCUGGUUAAACUUACAAGGAGUGAUUAGAAUUGAUGAAGGGAACCUCGACCCCCUCAUUUCAGCUGUGUUUUCUUUUCUCUUUCUUUCUUUUUUUUUGCAACUCCUGAGUCUGCGAUAUGACACACGUGUCGUUUAAUAGAGACCCCUCGACAGACUUCCGCGUUAAGCUUGGGCUAUAGUAAGUGCUACAAUACAACCACUAAAUUUCAAACAGGCGCCCCCCCCCCCCCCCUUAUGCAAACGUCAUUACUAGAACUUUAAAGACGCUAGCAUAUUUUUCUACCGUCAUUCUGAUUUUUUGUGGAAGGUCGAAUAGGUGCCUCGUAGCCUAAGUAUUCAUCAAUGAUCUUCAUGGCUAUCAGGUUCGCUUGGAUCUGAAUUUGGCAGUGAUUAUGCGUUCCUAUAUUAAGCGAUAGGCGUAGCAUUUACCCGGAUAGACGCCGGUGAAGCUUUCUAUUGAACUUUUGCGCGUACUUGCGCUUUCGUCCGACAGUAAGGCUCAGAUGUUGGGAAAGGUUCGGAAAUCCCUGAAUUCACGGAAGUGUACCAUAAACGUAUUUAAUUUCGUUGGCGGCGCUUUUCCUUGUACGUAGUCAGGACACGCUGCUUGUUUACGUAUGUACUACCUGCAUGAGUAAGCGCGGGCCAUAUCAGCAGCCUGCGCAUUCUGCCGGUAGUCUCGAACGUUCUCCAGACAGGACACCGCACCUCAGCGGUAAAUGACCAUCCAAAAGUUGACGGGUGACCAAAUCUUCAGGUGACCAAAUAUCUAACACGAUUGCAUGCCAUCGCCAGCAGAUGGCGGUUCAGUACCGAGCGGCGGCAGUUCACAAUUUCUCACUGCGCAUUUCUAACAGUCGCCUUCUGUCUACAUAGCACUCAUGUUAAGUCCCCACUUGUAACGUUUAAAAUAUUCUGGGACCUGAGCAAGAAAUGAUUUAUUCGAGCGAUAAGUUGGCCAAUGAAGAAUUUGAGAGUAUUUUGAUUGAGUUCGCGAUGGUGCAUUCUUCUUAAUGUCAUCGUUUACCGGUGUUUACAGUGUUCUAUAGGAGUAACUAUUGGUGCAGAUGGCGAGAACGGAACUUUUAGCACUUUUAACCGUCCAAAAGCAUUUAUUUCUAAAGCCUAAGCAAUGCUGCUUCGGUAUGAAUCUUGAAAGUAACGCUCAGAAGUUUGCUUUGGCCGUAACGUAAAUAUUAAAAUUGAAGAAAUGCCGCCACAGUGCUGGAGACAAUAGGUUGAACAGUCAGAAAGCUCAGGAGUAUUGCUUCAUGGGCAGUUUUACCCGCUGAUAUGGGUAAAAAGUAAAAGCAUCUUACAGCGUUCAAGAGCUUAAGUCGCACGAUUAUAUAUUUGCCCUAUUUACACAACGAGGUAUCGAUUAAACUUCGUACCCUCUAGGCUGUCACGUGAGACGGGCUGUAGAAGUUUCUAAAAAUUACCUAGUGUAUGGUAAUAUAUGUAUCCAGAAACUCAUGAGCGGCUCGCAAAAGAAAGAGCCAACAGCAAAGCAGCUCCCGAUAUUGCACGCCAACGCUCAUGUGUAUUUCUUGUUUCUUCAGGCGCUGAAAAUGUAAACAAUCCGGGAGUGUUGUCUGUAGUAGAACCGAGGAGAUUUAUGUAAAUUAUGCCCAUUCUAAAAUUGCUCUAUAUAACCUUCUUCAUGUGAUAAAGACACUUUGUGAUAGCGGGAUAAUAUGGCCGGACGGUCGGCCUAACAUAUAAAUGAAAAUGAACGGAGUUUCUGAAGCACUCGCAAGACUAAUUUUUUGAUCAACAGCUGUCCGUGCAAAGUUAGCUCAAGUAUGGCACUGAGAGACAGGUGAGACAGAGAUGCAAGUAAUCGGAAUCAGGGCUUGGUAGCAGAUAUGAUAACCACGAUACCUAGGCCCCCAAUUGUGUUGUCGGUUGGGUCACUCACAUGUUCAAGCGCGCUGCAAAUCGUUCGCAUCGUGUUCAUAUUCACACUUCCACCAGUCACCGUUUCUGUGCCCCCGUUAAUGUGCCAUUGCUCACAAUAAGUGUCGUUUUCGGUAUUUUAGUGUUGACGAUUUUAAUAAAAAUUAUUGUUUUCCCA